AUGCGGAAAGGAUGAUUCAUUGAGUGGAAACAAUUAGAAAAUAAACAAACGUGAAAAAGUUCGGUACGAUCACUGUAACUAUUUACGUGUUUGUUUUGACGAAAAGGUUCUCGCUCGAAGAACAAUCGUGUGACCAUUACCACGUGAUCAAUGGGAUCGGAACCUGUAGAAGAAGAAGCUCGUAUCGCGCGCCGCUUCCACUUGAAUGGUAAAAGCGAGAAAACGAUCGUGUUUGCGCUGCACGGACACGCUCCGUAACACGGUGCCAUAGUGCCGUUCAUUGAUUGCGCUUGUCCGGUGCCAUAUUCCACGCUCCGGUCCGCCGUGUUUAUUGCGCAAGACCCGAUCAUCCGAGUUUCGCCAUUUUUGUUGGCCAUUCGACAGUCCCGACGAAAACGGCUAUAACCUGGCUGUGGCUUUUACUGGCUAUCACGACCGCUGCUGGAUUUAUCGAUACAUCUCGACCGAGACUGAAAACCGACAACCGCGGUUCCGUUCUCUCGAUCGUCGCACGACAUCUUUCAGCCUGGUUUUUUGCUUUUUGUCUCAUUUUUCUUUCUCUUUUUUUCACAAAAUUAUAUUUUCAUCCGUAUGUAAUGCAAGCUGUAAUUAGUUCGUUCCAGCGAGUUCGUGGUGGAUAGACUUUGUGCGUCAACAGCACGUCGCAGCAGGUGAUCGGGUAACGAACAUGCUCCAGUGAGGCUCGGCGUGUUUACAAGUUGGAAAUAAAUAGAAAGACAGGCAAGAAGAUGUCACGAGGCUCGAAAAACGUGUGUGAAAGCAAAAUAAAGGACGAGGAAGAAGCGUCUACGUCGUUCGGCCUUCCGAUCGAGAAUUCCGGCGACGAUGAUCCAAACGUGGCCGAGGUCGUACUGUCGAACAAAGGUGGCCCGAAAUUGAUUCACCGUGGCUUCAUGUACACGCUGCACAAGAAACAACCGUACAACAUUCGAUGGAGGUGCGUUGGUAGGACGAUGCAUUGCAGGGGCAGCCUUAUCACGACGACAACCUGCACGAAACCGAGAGUGCGUAUGGAGCAUAACCACAAGCCUGAUUUUGCGGCCGCGCAGGUCGCCAGGAAACGAUACUUGGCUCUUGGCAAGCCUUCCGUGUUAACAAACAUCGAAGAGAACAAAAACUCUAUCAACGCAUCGAUGAUACUCCAGGACAACUUUCCACUGGAACGAAGGCCGGCGCGACGGAAACGACCGGCAGCCAGAAAAGUAUUACCACCCGCUAAUACGACCACUAAGGCCAUUAGGAUAGCUGCACAGUCGUUGGUAAGGCCGCACUUACGAAAUAUUGCUCCAGCGCCAAUGCCGCAGCAGCUGCAACAACAACAGCAACAGCAACGACAACCAAAGACUCUUGUGUUAAAAACGAUACCGUUAAAAGUCAAACAAGUUGCGCCAACAACCAUUAAAAUGCCACCCCGGCAACCUGCUCAAGGGUUACCACACAAUAUUGUGCAUCAACAACCCACAGAGGUCUGCUUGAGAUGGAACAGUUACCACAGUAACAUGCAAAACAGUUUUCCGUCUCUAUUGGACUCCGAACAAUUCGUUGAUGUUACCCUGGCCUGCGAGGGUCGCUCGUUAAAAUGCCACAAAAUGAUACUGUCGUCGUGCAGCGAUUACCUUGCGGAACUGUUACGCGAGAAUCCAUGCCAGCAUCCGAUUAUAUUAAUGAAAGACCUUAAAUUCUGGGAAGUCGAAGCGCUAGUCAAAUUCAUGUACCGAGGGGAAGUUAACGUUGCCCAUGACAAAUUGCCGCAAUUGUUGAACGCAGCUGAAGCACUGCAAGUGAAAGGAUUAGCUGGCCCAAAUCCUUCUUCGCAGAAUCCAAAACCACCGCUACUGAUCCCGCAAACCAAGCCAGCAACAACUCAACCAGUUCCUCGAGCCGCAUCAGAGACCAAAGAGAAAGCUUCCACUUCCGGAGUUUCUACACCAUCUAGUCCGAAACGCGCGCAGAAACGGCAAUAUUCAGAAACAAUUGAGCCAAAACCGUUCACAAAGAUACGCUUACAACGGCCAGUGACCCCGUCGUCGCCCACCACCACGGUCAAAAUGGAACCGUUAGAUAUACCCCUAAGUCCUACGAUAUUCCCCGAAAACAAUGAGGAUAGUUCGAACCCUUCAAACUUCGAGAAGCUUAUGAGUCUACACGAAGACGAUGAUCCAGGUGGUAACGAAAUAAUCGAUGGUGAAAGGGAAAUCAAUUUUUGUGAAAUACCCGAGCCACCCGACAUAAACGACAGUGAGGAUCAAAUGGAAUUUGUACCUACAGACUUUCUAGAACAGGAACAAGACAUAGUCGAGGAAACGGAAACGGCCUCCAUUAAAGACAGUAAGGAAGAGUCUAGGGAUUACAGUUCCGUUGAACUCGAAGAUGGUGAAAGAAGUGAGGUUGAGAAAGAAGAGCCUUCAAAAGAAAAGAAACCUGUUUAGUAAUAAAGAAUAUAAAUUUAAAUGAAAUCCGUUUGAGGAGAUAUUUUCCUUGACAAGCAAGAUGUAAGGGCUCUUCGAGAAUCUCUUUUGGGAAAGGUAAGAGCUGUGAAUAAUUAUAGAUUCAGAAUUACUUUUACAUUUUCACUGAUAUUUAAACAAAAGCUUAACAAAAUAUUAUUUAAGUUGUGGAUAAAUAUGUAUUUAGUAUUAAUUUCCAUACUUAUUCCGACAAUUUUUCGUGGAUUUUCUUUUAUUUCCUACAACCGUUCAGUUAUAAUGUAAAAAUACAUAAAGUAGAAGUACAUAUUUUUGUUUAAAUAUCAGUAAAAAUGUAAAAGUUGCUUUAGGUUUAGAAUUAUUCACAGCACUGCGUAUCAGGUCAUUUCAUAAGUUCUUGCAUUUUUUGGUACGAAUUUUAUCUGAUAAAAAUACUUGAUUAUUUCAACAUUCUUCACGUUGAAAAUAUAAAUAUAAUAGAUCUGUUCAUUUUACUGUAGCGAGGAGACAGUAUUCGUAUGGAUAAAGUAAAAUCUGAUUCUAUAGUAAAAUUCAAUUUUAUCAAAGUUUAUCUAAAUCAAUUUCUCUCUCAAUUUCCUCUCAACACUCUAAAUGAAAGUAUUUCUUUAAUAUUUAGAUUGUUUACUGAAAAACGAUAAAAAAUUCUUAGAUUUAACGCAGCGUUGCGAUAGAAUCAUAAUAAAUAGAUUUUUACUCUUUAAAUUGUUUGAAAUGCAAUUUUUAAAAAACAAUGACCUUGAUAGUUACCUUCCGAAAUGAAAUGUUUAUAACGACAGAAGAAAUAUACUACUUUUGUGAUAUUGUUUUCCGUAAUCUAUUGUUGCCAUGAACUUUUAGGUAUAUACAUACCUAGUUUUCACUCUCAUUGGGUCUUGAUAAGUCAAAAUGCAAAAUACGAUAUAAUUUGCUCUAUGGGAAUCAUGACAAAUAUUUCAGUGACAGUGUAAAUAGAGCGUACGUAAUUUAAAAAAAAGUAAAACUAUUUUUACCAUUCACUAUACGAAUCGUAGCGGCAGUAUAUAUCUUUCGAGCAUGUUCUCCAAGUUCGCUGUUCGAAAUUGACUUUUCCAUGCGAAAGAUUACGCUAGAGAGUACGAUUUAAAUUUAGAAUGAUUACAAUCGUAAUUUUACUAAUUAAUUGUACAUAUUUACAGAGUACCUAUAACCGAGUUUAUUGUGUGUAUAUGUGGAAGCUUGUACAGAAUACACAGCUUCUACGUUUUUAUUUACAAAUUAUCUGUUAACAAAUCGACCUACACGUAUGCCUUCAUAAUAUCUAGACUGCGGAUACAGUUGCAAAUUUCAAAUUUUGUAAGUGAGGAAAGUGCUGGAAUUGCUUUGCUCGAUCAUCGACGUUUUAGGUCGAAACAAAAAUGGUUAUUUUAUAAAAUAUUUGACCAAAUUUAUUUUAUUGUAAUCUUUAUAUUCAAAUACACUAUAAAUGCAUAAAAUCCGCAGUUUAAUAAUAACUCUUGUUACUUGAAAGUCGAUUUAAAUUGCCGAUUAGUAGUUGAUUUAUCCAUUUUAAUUUUGUGAUUUAUAAUAUAAAUCGUUAAUUCAAAUUCUGCUAAAAACUCUAUACGCUUCAUCUUUUUUUUUUUUAAUUUAAUUACUCGCGUAUGAACACUGUGUAAUAAGCUUUUGUUCUUUUUAAAUUGAAAAGUUGUACCUGUUGAAUUUAAGUCAAUUUUUACAGUAUGAUUUGAAGAAAACAGUACAACGUUAGUAUUUAUCAAUCAUGUAAAAAGUUUUAUAAUUUUCAUCUUGUGUUUUUGAUGCGUAAAAUAUUAUUGAAUCAAUGAAAAAUUGAUGCAUUUAUAUAUUAGUCGCGAACCUCUGUUAUUAUUACAUAAGAUUACGAAGACGAUCUGUCGAAAUAUGUAUAAACUGACGAUACGUUGACCUGACUUCUACUGUACUAUAAUUCCAUCUUUAGGUUACUAGACGAUUCGGUAAAUUUCUUUCGAGAAAAGUUACAUACGCAAUUUUCUUCGAAUUUAUUCAUAUAAAUUGUGUAAAAGUAACUCUCUACGUAUAUGACACGUACUACAAAUCGAUGCUAGCUGCGGAACUACGUUUACUGUAAAAAUACAUGUAUGAUUGGAAAGUAUGUGUACAUUGUAACAUGUGAAAUUAUGUCUUAUAAAUAAAUUGCUAUAGUAAUGUAUGGCAAAAUGUCUCA